AACCUAAUCUUUUACUAUUUCAUUCUCCAUUUCUAUCAAACAAUUUUCUUGUUUCUCUCUUAACUUCAUACGAUAACUUAUGGGAGUUUCCGGCAAAACUCACCACCAGUUUGACGGCAAAUUUGGCGAAACUACCGAAAGGAAGAAAUGGGUCAUCACCGGAACCUCCUUACGUUCUCCGAUGAAGCCGCCGGUUAGCCUCUCCUCCUCUGCCGUAUCCGGCACGGAAGACGAAGAUCUCUGUCCAUCGACUCCAACGGCUGCUUCCGUUAGAAUACCGACGGUAUUUCCGUGUCCUCCAGCACCUAAGAAACCGAAACUGUCAUUGAAGUUUAGCUAUGACGUCGGCGCUAGAGAGUUCUUUUCUCCACCAGAUCUCGAGACGGUCUUCAUAUACAGAACUACUUAAUUCUGAUUAUAUAUAAUCUCUACUCUCAUCUCUAAUCUUUUUAAUUAGGUUUUCCUUUAAAAAAAUAGUUUCAUAAAC